ACAGACUUCAUUGAGAAACAAAUCACCGCAACAUUUUUUUCUGAACGAUCCAGAUAUUGACCAAUGACCUAGUGACUUGUAUCUCAGUAGGAGGGCCUUAAUUCUGAAGUGAGGAAGACGGAGGCGGAGUUUCUUCCUUUCCCGAGUUGGCACGCUCGGGGUGCAACCAAGGACGAUAAAGUUACAGUCCACCGUAUUUGAAUUGUGACCAUGGCCCCCAGCACCCAGCUCAACGAGGCGGUGUCCGACGUGCGGAAGGGUAUCCGGGCCAUUCUGCUCGGGCCUCCGGGCGCUGGCAAAGGCACGCAGGCCCCACGUUUGGCAGAGAAGUACUGCGUGUGUCACUUGGCCACAGGGGACAUGCUGCGUGCCAUGGUGGCGUCCGGCUCUGAGCUCGGACAGCGCCUGAAGCAGACAAUGGACUCUGGGAAGCUGGUCAGUGAUGCCAUGGUUGUGGAGCUCAUUGAGAAGAACCUGGAUACGCCCCCCUGUAAGAACGGCUUUCUGUUGGACGGCUUCCCUCGCACGGUCAAACAGGCUGAGAUGCUGGACGAGCUGUUGGACAAGCGCUCAGAGAAGCUGGAUUCGGUCAUUGAGUUCUCUGUAGAUGACAAGCUGCUGGUUCGCCGUGUCUGUGGCAGGCUGAUCCAUCAACCCAGUGGCCGCUCCUAUCACGAGGAGUUCAACCCACCCAAAGAGCCCAUGAAGGAUGAUUUGACGGGCGAGCCCCUGUCCCGCCGUAGUGAUGAUAACGAGACAACGCUGCGUUCCCGACUGGAGGCAUACCACCGCCAGACGGCGCCACUGGUCCACUACUACAGUGCCCUCGGCCUCCACCGGGCCAUCAACGCCGAACAGUCGCCUGACCUGGUGUUCGCCUCCAUCCUCGCCGCCUUCUCCGUCACCUCUCCCUGUAAAGACCACGUGAUCUUCAUCUGACACUGACUGUCUGUUUGUCUGUCUGCAUGGCUCUGUCUGUCCACCUGGUUCCUUCCAUCUAAUGUGCAUGCCCAGCGGGUUUACUUGUGAGGUCUCACUCUUGUCUGUCUGUCUGUCUAUCUGUGUUCUAUGUCCCCCUCAACCAUCUUGUCCUGUUCCACUUGUUUUCUUAAAUGCCUCCACCCGAUGCCCUCCUUCCUACCCUGCACCCACCCUCUGUGUUUGGUCCAGGUUUAUCCGCCUGGUUGUUGCUCUUACUCACUGACAGAUUGGCUGUAUGUAUGUUAUGCUUAAUGUGAACGACUUGCCCAAGAAUAGAGUUCAAUAUAAUGUGCUUGAGUUGCAGGUUUUUUGCUGUGCAAAUAAUAGGUUUUUAUUUAUAUAAGCCAGUUAUUUCAAAAUGUGUUUCCAUGUAAUGCACUUGUUUCAAUGUUGAGGGUCAGAUAUACAAAUUAGGCAGCUCUGUUAAAUGAAGUGCUAGGCCAUAUCUUCCCCUCCUGGAUUUUAGGCUCUUACAGCUCUGGUUUAAUUUGGAUUGAGGGUUCUUAGGAGCUAGCAUUAUGCUGAAGUUUUGUUUUUGUAAAUGUAGUUGUCUUAAUAUUGUGGAUGUAAGAGCAUGUGGUCUAAAUGCAAGCACACUGGUAGACCGUGGUAAUCAGUAUUAGAUGUGCCCAUUUGGGGACUGACGUUAGUGCUCAGUUUGUUCAUGUUCUGUUCAGGCCUGUGUUUUAAGCGCUUAAUACAGGGGUUGUCUCUGAA